GUCCCCUCCGGCCCCGCCCGGCCCCGGUAGCCCCGCAGCCAUGGCUCAGCACUUCUCUCUGGCCGCGUGCGACGUGGUCGGCUUCGACCUGGACCACACUCUGUGCCGCUACAACCUGCCCGAGAGCGCCCCGCUUAUUUAUAAUAGCUUUGCUCAAUUCUUAGUCAAGGAGAAAGGGUAUGACAAGGAACUGCUUACUGUCACGCCAGAGGAUUGGGAUUUCUGUUGCAAGGGCUUAGCUUUGGAUCUGGAAGAUGGGAGCUUCAUUAAACUUGCAGAUAAUGGCACUGUGCUCAGAGCAAGCAAUGGCACAAAAAUGAUGUCUCCAGAGGCUGUUGCAGAAGAAUAUGGCAGAAAGGAGUGGAAGCACUUCAUGUCAGACACAGAGAUGGCAUGUCGCUCAGGAAAAUAUUAUUUUUAUGAUAACUACUUUGAUCUGCCAGGAGCGCUUCUGUGUGCCAGAGUUGUAGACACUUUAACAAAGCACAACAAUGGUCAAAAAACAUUUGAUUUUUGGAAGGAUAUAGUUGCUGCUAUACAACACAAUUACAAAAUGUCAGCUUUCAAGGAAAACUAUGGCAUAUAUUUUCCAGAAAUAAAAAGAGAUCCAGGCAAAUAUAUACACAGAUGUCCUGAAUCUGUAAAGAAGUGGCUUCGACAACUAAAGAAUUCUGGAAAAAUUCUUUUGCUAAUCACCAGCUCUCACAGUGAUUACUGUCGACUUCUUUGUGAAUAUAUCCUUGGGAAUGAUUUUCCAGAUCUUUUUGAUGUUGUGAUUACAAAUGCAUUGAAACCUGGUUUCUUCUCUCAUUUACCAACUCAAAGACCUUUCUGGACACUUGAAAAUGACGAGGAGCAAGAGACACUACCAUCUCUGGAUAAACCUGGCUGGUACUCGCAAGGGAAUGCUGUACAUCUUUAUGAACUUCUGAAGAAAAUGACUGGCAAACCUGAGCCCAAGGUUGUUUACUUUGGUGAUAGUAUGCAUUCAGAUAUUUUCCCAGCCCAUCAUUAUAGUAACUGGGAGACAGUCCUCAUCCUUGAAGAGCUCAGUGGGGACAUGGACAUAAAGACUGAGGAAUCAGAGCCUCUAGAGAAAAAAAGAAAGUACGAGGAAAUGAAGACAAAAUCUCUAAAUACCUUAUCUAAAAAAUGGGGCUCUUUUUUCAUUGAUUCCAUUUCGGGACUAAAACAUACCGAAGAUUCCUUGGUUUAUACUUGGUCUAGUAAAAGAAUCAGUACUUACAGUACAAUUGCAAUUCCAAGUAUUGAAGCAAUAGCAGAAUUACCACUGGACUACAAAUUCACAAGAUUUUCUGCAAACAAUUCAAAAACAGCUGGCUACUAUCCGAAUCCUCCAAAGGCCUUAUCAAAUGGUGGAACAUUAAAAACCAAAUAAAUGAUGUUUUUUAAAUUAUGUAAAGAAAUAUGUAUACAACAAAUGUACCAUAAAAAUGUUACUUUUCAAAAAAUACAGAAAAUGCUUUAUAGAAACACAUUCUUAAUGAAAAUUGACCAAAAAAAUUUAUAUGCUUCUUUAUUUUUCUUUCUAUGUAGAUUAUCUUGAUGCCAGUAACUCAUUCUAUCAUCACCUCAGUAUCUUACAACUAUAAAAACACUUGAUUACUGUUUUCUGUACCAAUAAUUCUGAGAUCAGAAUUUACCUGGGAAGAUAUACAUAUUGGCAUGCAUUCAUAUACUUACAUAUUCAAAUAUACUUAUGCAAGUCUUUCCUAUUGUGGAUGAUACUGCCCUUGUGAGGUUCUAGAAUGUUCCAUGAAGGCGAAAGAAGCCCCAGGAAUGGA